CGCUGGCAGCUAGUAAUUCAGUGGCGCCGGAGAGCCGGGAGAGGUGAGACUCGUCUCAGCCGGAGCUGUCCGUUCACUUACUGGUGCUGAAAUCGUAAUUCGGUGCUGGCACAAGGUGUUUUGUCCUUUGCGAUUUUUUUCCACCACGGCGAGUGCAACUUCUUUUCGGGACUUUUACGUCGAAAUCCCGUCAUAAAAAUGAGGAUUUGAACUGUGGAUUACUUCUGGAGAUAUCGCUGGUUUAAAACUAUUCUUGUGUUCGAUCGUAUUGUUUUGAAAGAAGAUAUUUUACUGGAAUACGUGUAACUGGAUCCACAGAGAAAGACCAAUGAGGACACUCGGAUGGUGGCCAGCACUUCUACUGCUUGGGGUUUUCUCACUGGAGACUGAAGGGAGGCCCAGCAAGGAUGGAUACGGGCCCAAAGCCUACCAGCCACUCAUCAGAUUCCGGCAUAAGCAGGAUGGGAGCCCAGAGAAUUUGCACGUUAAAGGGUUCUUCGGCCACGAUGGGCUCCAGGGACCCUGUGAGCAUAAGUACUGUGGUUUGGGGCGGCACUGUGUAGUCAACGAGGAGACCGGGCACGGGGACUGCGCCUGCAUGGGCCACUGCAAACCCCACUACAAACCCGUGUGCGGGUCCGACGGAGAGCUGUACGAGAACCACUGCGAGCUUCACCGCUCCGCUUGUCUGAAGAGGCAGAGGAUCACCACCAUCCACAGCGAGGACUGUUUCUACAAAGGUGACAAAUGUCGGUCAAAUGACUACAGGAAGCUGAAAAAUAAGAUGCUCGACCUGCAGAACCAGAAGCAGAUGAGGGAGGGGAACAGAGGGAAGAACGAGGACAAAACCUCCCUCAAGAAACUGCUGGUGGAUCAGAUGUUCAAGCACUUUGACGCGGAUGGCAGUGGACUGGUUGACAGCAACGAGUUGUCAAUGAUAAUCAAGCAGGAAGGACUGGCUAAGGAUGUCUCUGACUGCACGCUGUUUGAUCUUUUGAAAUACGACGAUGACAACGGUGAUAAGCACUUAACAAAAGAGGAGUUCUACACAGCAUUUGAGGUGGUUCAGCUGAACCUGCCAGAUGAGCAGAAGUUGAGUGUUACCACAGCAACGGUGGGUGAGAGCAUCGUUCUGACCUGUGGCAUUAUGGGAGUACGGAGACCCCCCAUCAUUUGGAAGCGAAACAACCAAGUCCUUAACAUCCUGGACCUGGAGGACAUCAAUAUUCCUCCAAAGGACUUUGGAGAUGAUGGGUCCCUCUACAUAACAAAGGUGACCACAACUCACAUGGGCAACUACAGCUGUCACGCUGAAGGGUACGAGCAGCUGUCCCAGACUCACCUCCUUCAAGUGAACGUCCCCCCUGUCAUCCAGGUGCACCCAGAGAGCCAGGCCAGAGAGCCGGGUGUCACCGCCAGUCUCAGGUGCCACGCAGAGGGCAUCCCCAACCCACAGCUGGCCUGGCUGAAGAACGGCAUGGAUAUCACCACAAAGCUGUCCAAACAGCUAACUCUACAAGCUAACGGGAGCGAGGUCCACAUAAGCAACGUCCGCUAUGAGGACACUGGAGCGUACACGUGCAUCGCAAAGAACAAAGCGGGUGUGGACGAGGACAUCUCCUCACUGUUCGUGGAGGAUUCUGCCAGAAAGACACUGGCUAACAUUCUGUGGCGUGAGGAAGGCCUCGGGAUCAGCAAUAUGUUCUAUGUAUUUUAUGAGGAUGGAAUUAAAGUCAUCCAGCCCGUGCAGUGUGAGAUCCAGAGACACAUCAAACCCAGGGAGAAACUGCUGGGACUGCAGGAGGAGGUUUGCCCCAAAUCGGAGAGCGACCUGGAGCAGAGGUGCGUGUGGAGCUCAGCAGUCAAUGUCAAGGACAAGUAUAUUUACGCCGCUCAGCCAACUCUGAACCGGGUCCUCAUUGUGGACGUGCAGUCGCAAAAGGCUGUGCAGACUGUGAGUACUGACCCUUUCCCUGUCAAACUGCACUACGACAAAUCCCACGAUCAGGUGUGGGUUCUGAGCUGGGGAGAUGUGGAGAAAACCAAACCCAUGCUACAGGUGAUCAGCCAGGCCAGCGGUGGAGUUUCCCACCACACCAUCCACACGCAGCCUGUCGGCAGGCACUUUGAUAAAGUGGACGAUUUCUUCAUCCCGGCCUCAACCCUCAUCAUUAAUCACAUCAGGUUUGGAUUCAUCCUUCAUAAGAAUGAACCUGCGCUUCACAAAAUUGACCUCGAGACAAUGUCCACCGUGAAGAGGAUCAGUCUGAAAGAGCACGGCUGCAUACCGAAGUCUCUGGCAUACACACACCUGGGUGGCUACUAUUUCAUCAGCUGUAGGCCUGACGUGACCGGAGCCUUGAAGCCACAGCUCAUACUAGACAGUAUAACCGACUCCGUGAUUGGAACCAACGGAGACGUCACCGGCACCCCCUACGUUUCGCCAGAUGGACACUACCUGGUCAGUGUCGACGAUAAGGAUGGCCUGAUGAGGGUUCAGUCCAUCACGGUGCGGGGGGAGAUCCAGGAACCCUUCGACAUCCACACCAACCUGCACAUCUCCGACCUGACCUUCCAGCCGUCCUUCACGGAGAUCCAUCAGUACAACGUCUUCGCCAGCUCCGGCCUGCAGACGGACGUUCUGUUCGUGGAGCUGGCCACCGGCAAUGUGAAGAUGAUCAAGAGCAUGAAGGAGCCGCUUAAAAUGGCCAACUGGCCAUGGAGCAGGAAGAACCGCGUGAUUGUGGACAGCGGUCUGUUCGGACAGUACCUGAUGACCCCCUCGCGAGGGUCCCUGUUCAUUCUGGACGGGCGGCUCAAUAAACUGAACUGUGAACUCACAGAUGUGCUGAAAGGUAACACUGUCGUGUGGGUUGGGGACGCGUAAAUUUGUCACUUUGUUAGUUGUAACAGGUACCUCUGCACAGACAUGUCAUUCUGUUAGUUAUGAAGGGUACCUUGUAUCUGGUCGUAAGGAAACACCCUCUUUUAUGGUUUCUAGAAUGUACUGAAGCAAAAUGAAUAAGAACAAAAACAAAUCAAAUUACAUUUUCAGAAGCUGGUCUUUCAUUAAAAGAUAAACUGAGCAAGUUUGCUUUUUUGGGUGCGCUGGCAAAAAAAAAAAAAAAAAAAAAAACAGGGCAG